GGUGUGAUGGCUGUUGUGCUGGGAAUUGAGAUUCAUAUAUAAAGCAAGAAUAUCGUUUUGGUUACACUUUAGAGUUUUUGAAAAUUUAGGAUUUUGACUUCAUCUCUAUAUUUUUUGUGAAUUACUUCUCUAGUGAGAUAGAAAGAUCGGUUAUUAAACAUCAUUCAAGUUCUAAAGACAAUUACAUACCUACACACACAAACAUAUCAAAAUGAAGUUCUCAUAUGCUUCCAUUCUCUUCGCCAUUGCUGCACCCGCAAUGGUCAACGCUGAUAAAACCAGUGUCAACGUGUACGUCUUUCUCAGAGCACCCUCCUUCCAUAUAACACCCAGUUACAAAAAUACUAACCCAUCCCCAUCCAUCCAGCCCAUCCGUAAUCUCCGCCUUCUUCACCCAUACACCCACCCUCCCAGCCGGUGCCUCCUCCACACUAGCCACUGCCCUCGCCUCCGUAGACUACGCCUGGACCACCGCCGCCGCCUUCACCUCAUUUGACAAAGCCGUUUUCUCCGCAGCACCUAGCUCCCUCCAAGCUUCUCUCUCGAAGAGCGGAUACUACUACGCUGAAGUAGCUACCGCGGACUGGUUCACCAAGAAGGCGCCCAAGGAUGCUCAGAAGGCUGUUAGUAGCUAUCUGAGUGAAGUAUUGAAGGUUGAGAGUAGUGUUUUUAGUAAGGUGGCUACGGAGACCAGUAAGGGAGCUGGGGCUGCGGCUACGGGAGUACCAGCUGUUGGUGUUAUGGGUGUUGCUGUUGCGAUGGGUUUGGGCGCUGUUGGGAUGAUGUAAUUGAUGGUGGAUGGGAUGGAUGGAGUCGGAUAUAUGAUGUGAUGCGUUGAAUGAGUUUAUGAUGAAUGGAUGGGUGGAUGUAAUAAGAAGAUAUUGUGCAUAGAAUCCAAAUUGUUCAUUGAGAUAUCCUUUGGGUUAGUAGUUGUUGAAUUAAAGUUUACCUUUCUGGGUACAUAAUGCACUGCCAUGGAUCUAUACCUUUUCAUCU